AUGUCAGUAGUCAAUAGGCCAAAAAUUUCAGAAGAAAAUCAGAUUCUUUUUGUCAAGAAUUUGCCAUUCAACGCCACCUCAGAUGAUCUGUAUAAUCUCUUUGGACAGUUUGGUAGUAUCCGUCAAAUACGCGUGGGGAACGCAUCAAACACCAAGGGCACUGCAUUUGUAGUGUACGAUCACAUUUCAGACGCCAAAAGCGCGUACAACAAGCUUGCAGGCUUUAACUACCAGAACCGGUAUCUGGUGGUGCUGUUCCACUCAGUUAACCGCAUGAAAAAGGUUCAGUAUGAUCUGGAAACAAGACGAGCGAACUUGGAGCAGCUGAAGGAAAAAGAGGGCAUUGAGUGA